UUUAUAUACCGUGUUGGUUAUUCUCUAGUGUCCGAAAUUAUUCACUACAACCGGUAACACACAAAUUGCUAGCGAGAAUGGAACGUUGGGUAGGAAAAGUCGCUAUAGUAACGGGGGCCAGUGCAGGAAUAGGGGCCGCAAUAGCCGAAGCUCUAGUCAAAAAGGGUCUCAUUGUCGCAGGAUUUGCUAGAAGAAAAGAAAGAAUCGAAGAACUCGCGAAAAAAUUACAAAACGCUAAUGCUAAAGGAAAACUUCAUGCGGUCAAAGUGGACAUGUCAAAAGAAAACGAAAUAAUCGAAGGGUUCAACUGGGUUAAAAAAAAUCUUGGACCGAUACACAUCCUUAUAAAUAAUGCAGGGUUUGCGAAAGACAACACAUUAAUUGACGGUGAUACACAGAAAUGGAGGGAUAUAUUUGACGUUAACGUGGUAGGAUUGAGUAUAGCGACAAGGGAAGCUGUUAAAGACAUGAGGGCUAACAAUGUAGACGGUCAUAUAAUUCACAUUAACAGUACUGCAGGACAUAGAAUUCCAUCUUUGCCUUCGGUCAAUGUGUAUCCUGCCAGCAAGUAUGCUGUUAGAGCCUUAAGUGAAACCCUAAGGCACGAAUUUAUCCAGAACAAUUUAAAAAUUAAAAUAACAAACCUAAGCCCAGGAUACGUGAAAACUGAGUUUCUUGAAGCCAGUGGCAUUAAAGUUGACCCUAACAUACCCUUAGCAAAAAUGCAAGGUUUAGUAGCCGAAGAUUUAGCAAACAGCGUUUUGUAUGUUCUUGGUACCCCUCCUCAUGUCCAAAUCCAACAAUUGACAAUUGCUCCAGUAGAACAACCAUGAUGGUUUAGGUGAAGACAUUGUUAUGUGUCAAUGUAUAACUGAUUUUUAAAAUAAAUAUUUUUUUAAUUUGCCAA